CGGGGACAGGGAAGGACCAAGCGAAUGAGCGAGUGAGCGAGCGAGGGCGACAUGCGAGAGAAAGAGAGAAAGAGAAAGAGAGCGCGAAUUGAAGAUUUGAAGGCAUGGGAGCCACAUUCAUAGUACUCCUAAAGUUGGCACUUGCCUGUUGAGGCUGCUGAACAUACACUACAAAAGGUUGUUCCAAAACGGCCUCGACAAGAGGCGGAGAGCGGGAGAGAGAGAGAAAGAGAGAAAGAGAAAGAAGGAGAAAGAGAGAGAGCUGAGCUCGAAGACCCUGUGCUGUAGUUCCCUUAACCGUGCUUCUCGCUCCGCCGCCUCUCUCCCUCUCAUCUUGUUCUUCUUCCAUUUGGCCUCUUAGUGCUGUACCAGAGGCAGCAGCCAGUAUACUUCCGUGCUCGGUGUUCCUUUCCGAGGCUGAUCUCGUCGGAGAGCUGCUGUUAAUGUAGCUGCUCCUAUUACUGCAAUUCUUACUACUGGGACUACUAUCUUACUGCUGCUGUCAAGUUAUUGUGUCGCUGCAGAGGCAAGGAAUAUAACUCUGAUCUGAAUUGCAAUCACCUCGACCAAGUUUCAUGGUAGAAAUCAUCUACGUCCUUAGGCUGAAAGUGUUGAGAGGACGAGUGGUUGACAUCCGAGUGAAUUUGGGCCUCUCAAUUCAGCCAUGGAUGUGCGUGCUUUGAACCAUCCCGAUUUUAGUAUUGUCAGAGUCCAAGGACAAGUGUUGAAAGCAUUUAGAGAAGAGGAAGAAGAAGAGUGAUCAGUGUUGUGGUUUUCAUUUUUCAGCUCUACCACCAACAGGCAGAUUAACGAAAGCAUUCGCUUUGCCUUAAGAUUUAAAGAAAACGCCCGUUUUGCCACACUGACAACCUAAUUGAAUGCGAGCCCGAUUUCCUUUAACGUUGAUUUCGACUCAAGGAGAAUGAAGUGUCGUUUUUGACGCGAUUGUGCUCCAAGGUAAUGAACAAGUCGGACCAAUCCAAGCCGUCAUGUAACACUCAAAAUAGAUCUAAAUUUGCGGGUGUGGCAAAGCCUGCCGACCUGGACCUUGGGAAGCCAAGAUGAGAAUGCCUUCUCAGCAUCAAAGGCGACAUCGGAGUCCCAGUGCAUGCCUCCCAGCCGUUCUUUCUGUUCAUGCUAAUUUCCUCCACCCCCAGCCAAGAGAAUCCAUUUCCAAACUCUUGGUCCACCAAGAAGCGUUCCAUCGCUGGAGAUUGGUUGGACAGCACCAUCAAAGUCGGCAAUCAGAACCGUUUGUUUGUCAAACCCACCCGCGACCAGCCCCAUCAUCCGCAGCAACUUCACCAGGUUGUCGCUUAUCUGAGUGCUGGGUUUGGUCGCCAUUGGAUAGUAGUUCUUCCUCAUCGUAUUACAGUCUAGUUACUUAGACAAACGCGUGGCAGCUGGAGAGUGGUGGCAAUGCCUGUGGUAGAACAAACCUUCCCAUUGUGUUCCUUCUCCGGUUCCCUUAAUCCUAUUCAGCUGGUGUCUUUCUACGAAAUCAAUCAGAAGCAGCUGAUUGAAAACGAUAGCCGCCGUAGCGCCCGCUCGCGCCGGUUCCGGCUGCGAAGGCGACUACGAGCCGUUCUUACAGGUGGUCUAACUUAUCCGGUUGACGCUGGAGGCCACCUGUUGUUGGCUUGUUCCAAAAAGACUCCACCCUCCGUAUCCCCUUGGGGUUGGACCUUGGUCCCCAGGUGCCAGGGAUCCGCAGCUACCCUCAUCACUGCCUCCCUCAUCAUUACAAUUGUCAACACCAUCUCUUUCUUCUUUGCGUUUGACUUAACGGAAAGAGUGAUCCUCAAGCUGCUGGAGAAUCGGCGAUUUCUAACUCUGCUUUCAACAUCGUCGGCUCCAAAAGUCCAUUACCCUUGUCACGGCUGUUGUAAUUGCCGUCACCACCCGAUCGGCAACACCCAAAGCAGCAAUCGCAAUUCUAGCUCGAAGAAUAAAAACUCCAGCCCAAACCUGAUCAUAUCUGUGGCAGACGACCCGACGAUCGUGAGUCCUGUUACAGAUACCCCAAGCUCGUUGUCAUCAUGUGCUUUCGGACGUCCUUGUUCGCACAGAAAUUGACAACAGUAUCCAGAUCAACUUGGCGAGUGUUUGGCAGCAGACAACAUCAACAGUGCCUUGCCUGUCUCUUUGUGUUCCUAAGUGUUUUGACUGAGCUUACCGGUCUGCCAAAUCAUGGGAGUGCCGCAGCAUCGGUUGGCUUGGUAUCAGCGGGAUCCAAGAGUCAACGCCAAUCUACAGAACGGGUUUCAUUCUACAGUAAUGUGUCUCUCCCAUCUCAGCAUUAUCAGGUGCUCCCAGACUGGAGUGUUCAUUAUGGUGGAUCUCACUACUAUGGAGGGCACUAUCCACCACGAACUCCACACGAGUCUGCCCGGAUACUUAAUAGUGGCAGUGCUUCUCUUCCAAAUUCAGCCUCUCUUCCAUCUAGUCACAGUAUUAGCAGCAGCGGCAGCCAGUCGACCAACUCUCCUCCAAGAGACGACCGGGGACAACCCGCGUCGGGCUCUCAAUUGGAGUCAGACAUCCCAGGCCCAUGGCCAUGGGCUCCAGCUCCAAUUCGACAUUGGUGGGCUCAACAUCACAAACGAUCAGCGAUCUCAUCUUUGUCGUCCACGUCAUCAUCGUCAUCGUACUCUUUAUCAUCAUCUGAACUGCAACAGAACCAGCAGUGCCUUCAUAACCAUACCAAAUUUCAAAAGAUCCCAGCUCUGACGAUACAAGGCGAGCUCCCGUGGGCCAAACGCGUGUGUUCCGCCUCAUCGUUGGAUGACCGAGUCAAGCUGCUUCUGGCAGAGUCACCCUGUAAACAGCACAAGGUGUGUCAAGUUCUCAGUCCGACAGAUCUUCAAAGGAUUAGUUCUGAUGCCACUUGCCUCGAAUCGGUCCGAGACAAGUGGUGGGAGUUGUUUCGAAAGAUCAAUAAUAUCCUCAUCGACUUCGAAGAAAUCUUCUCCAAGAAAUUUGCCAUCGAACGAUAUUCAGUCAUCCAUGCGGUGGAGGAGUGCAAGGCCGCCUAUGCCUAUUGGACUUGUUCCACUCAUCUACCUUUAUACCUCACUCCAUCCAUUGGUGAUGAACGGCCCUCCACAACCCAAAAGUCCAGCAGCUUCAAUGAUAGCCAUACUUCUUUCGGGUCCGGUGAUGGUCCCGAAGACUCUCGAAGUGGUAGUGAAUCCUCAGACGGCGGAGGAGAGGCCCAAAGUGAACGACGUCCUGAGGCUGUUCCACUUAAUGGGUGUGGCUCGAUUUGUCGAGAGGUGGAACGGAAAUGCCCAUUCUUCAUCAAAGGGCUUGAGGAUGACAAAGCAGCCGGAAAUCCGUCCUUUAUCUGUAAAGACGAAGCAAUUCCAAAUGUGAUAAUCAACCCAAUGGGAGACGAGGCCGAGGCAACACUCCCUCUUUGCUGCUACAAGGCUGUGGAUGAGCCCCCUCCAGGGGCGUGGCUUUCCUUUGAGGCAGAAGAUCCCACGCGCCCCUUCUGUGUUGAGCCGGACUCGAUCCGUGACCGGAGAAGGUCCAAACGAUACACCUCCUCGACAACCUCGAAUUUGGACUCGGGCCAACCGGACCGGGCACAUGGUCUAGGCGGGCCUAGCCAUUCCCAUCCAGCCUCCUCCUCCUCCUCCUCCUCCUCCUACUCCUACUCUUCGGACACCCUGGAAUCCUCCACCUUCAGUUCGGAUGACCUUGACCUCGAGGAAUCUAUAACCUUGCUGUCUGGGCGUGAUGAUGAAAUGCGCUGUGAUAUCAUAUUUUCUCCCCCGUCCUUGAGCCUCAAUAUCACUUCCGUUGCUCUGGACGAGUGGGAGGCUUGGCACCAUACCCUCUCGAACACCUCAAUCUUUGGCGCCACAGAUACCUACUUUGAUGAUGAGGACGAAGGCGACCUGUUGUUUGCCUCGCUGUCGCGGUGGUGGAGUAACUUCAUGGGUCGGUUCGGGCUGUCCAUUUUCGCCACCGACUCCGCCGGCCACUACGGUGUGAACACCAGUGGACAAAAUAGAACUUCAAGCCCCGGCCGAGGUUGUGUGUGGGCCCUAGUGGCCUUGAUCCUCUGGCUGGGCAACACGAGUGGAAGAUUGAGAACUAUGUGAACAAAAUAAGUGCAAAUGACAAGCAACUACCACAAAAGCAACCCCCAGCCCAAAACCAGCCCCCACCAUCCACAGACUAAACCAACCUCUAGUUUGAACCCAUCAAUUAACACACAACUACAAUUGGGAAGGCGAGCGAUGACAAAGGAUAAUUAAGCUCGAAUCUAACGUAAGAAUGAGUUCCUGGGCAAAACAAAGCUGUUUGAGCUCUUUGUCCCAAGGGAUAUUUCUCAUCUUCCCCUAAAAACCUAUAAACGGAUGCACAAAACCAUGAAGAACGACUCUCUUUAUAUAUAUAUAUAUAUAUGAUAGAGGAAAUUAUUAUUAUCAUUAUUAUUAUUAAUAUUACUACUACGACUACCACUAUUACAGCAACAACAAUAUCUACACCCACGACUACUACUGCUACUACUAUUACCAAUACAACUACAACUACAAUUAUUACAACUAAAACUCCCACUGCUACGAGUACCAUAACUCCCACUGCUACGACUACUAUAACUCCAAUUACUAAGACAAAAACUACCAAUUCUACGACCACUAUUACUAUCGGGACUACUACUACUACUACUACUACUACUACUACUACUACUACUACUACUACUACUACUACUACUACUACUAUUACUACUACUACUACUACUACUACUACCACUUCUAUUAUUGCAAUUAUUAUUAUCAUUAUCAUUAUUAUGAUCAUCAUCAUUAGAAUGAAUACUAUCAUCGCUAUCAUUAAUUCAUGUACCAUUUCGGUGAUACUUCAAAAAAUUUAGAAAGAGCACCAAAAUUCCUCUGGACGAUUGGCGCACCCAGAAGUUUUAAAUUCUGAAGACAGGAAUACACAGUAGUAUAAGUAAGCAUUCAGGUUUGUUUCUCCAGCCACGAGAAAAAAAGACCAUGGAAAGAGACACGAAGUCUCUGUGAAACCAAGAGAAAACAUUCAUUUCCAUUUAUUGCGCAUCACCAAUAACCAAAACCAAAUAUGAUUUUCACCUGAACCAAUUCUGCUAUCCAAUGUUGUCUAUCUCUCUAUCUCUCUCGCUCUCUCUUUAUAUCUCGAAGUUUUGGUUUAGCAUUUCCACUCCCUAAAUUUGUCAUUUUUGAAUAAAAACACUAAAAUCAGUUUUCCCCAUCUGAAAGAGAGUGGAUAUUCUAGAUUAUCCACCUUUUCUACAAGAAGUGAACUAAUCAAUUAGCAAUUCGAACAUUCUUGCAUGGUAACUAUCAUCCCCUUUUAAAAAGAUACCCCAACCUACUAACUUUCUUUGUCAAUCGGUCGUGUGAUACACUUUUUCAGCCAUCCUACACACGACAUGAUGUUUUAUGAUUAUAUGUAUUGUCCUUCUUUCUCAUUCCUUAACAUGUGCGCAAGUAUCUAUAUUUGAAAUAAAUAAAAAGUCAACACAAUGGUAA